AUGAGCUCAUCGGAUGAAGAUCGUGAUAGCGGAUCUAACGAGGUAAAAAUUCAGUCUUUUCGAUCGAAAAAACUCGAAAAAUUGUCCAAACGCACAACUUGGGACUCGGAAUAUGGUCCACACGCCCAACUUGGGCGUGAUAAUACGUCUAGAGUUGAAGUUGAUCAUACCGAUUAUUUUACAACAACUCAAUUGUUUGACUCGGGGGACGAGUUAGUGGCUUGGGCUAGGUCCGUUGCAAGAGCUCUUUUCGUGAAAUUAAUUAAAAAAAGUGCCCCCAAAAUAAAGAAAGUGUGUCUGACUUGUGACCUGUUCGGAGGGCCUCGAGAAAGUAACGUAGAGGCGUCCUCGAAAAGGUCUGGUAGCAAAAAAAUAAAAUGUGGUUUUCAAAUCGUCGGAGAGCGGCGGUUGGACGAUAGAUGGGGGCUCAGAAUAGUAUAUGGGAAGCAUAAUCAUAUUCCGAUAUACAUGUCUGGGCAUGGGCUUAGUGCAUUGAAUGAAGCGGAGUCGAAGAUUAUCAAGGAUCUUUCACAAAGUCAUGUGCCGCCCAAGAAGAUUUUGGCUAACUUGAGACAAAAUGGCUUGGGUCUCGAUGCUUAUUCGAAACAAAUAUACAAUGAAAAAGCGAAAUUGAGAAAAUUAGCUAGGGGUGACCUUACAGUGAUGCAACAUUUGAUUGGGUUGCUUGAGGAGCAUAACUAUUACAAGUGGUUCCGCACAGAUGAAACGACACAUGCAGUUAUUGAUUUGAUGUGGGCUCACCCUCUAUCUUUCGAAUUGUUAAGUAAGUUUCCGUACGUUAUACUACUUGACAGUACUUACAAAACCAAUCAGUACAAAUUGCCUUUGUUGGAGAUUGUUGGUGUUACUCCUGUCGGAAAAAAUUACUGUUGGAGUGGUAUUUAUGCGCCAUGA